CUCCUUAAACCCUUGCAUGCUGGUCUUACGCCAGCCCUGCCUGCUCCUGCACAGCUGGGCUCAAUCCUCAGUCAGUGCUUGCCUCUCAAGCCUGUCUCUCCUCAGGUGUGGUUCAAAGGGAGUAAGAAAUUUGAUAGGCCACAUCAACCCUUUCUAGGCCAGUGUGGGAUGAACACACCAUCACAGAAGCACUUAGAUACUUAAGACAGGUAAAUUUCCUUGUGUGACUUCUAAAAGAAGAUUUGAAUUUAACAGUCCAAAGAGUGAAAGGCGGGUGCACAUAUCUGUAUAGCCACCUAACCUCCAUAAGUCGGUCUAUUUUAAUUAUGGGUAGAGGUUUUAGUGGGAGGUGUGUCUCUCAGGGGAAGAAAAAGUAAACAUUCUAUUGCUAUUAAUUUGUCUUUAUUUACUUUUUCAUUUUUUUUUGUCUGUUGUACUAUUUUUUUUUUUUAAUUUCAUUUGCUGAUUGACUAUCCUAGCUGUCUAUGUGUUGUGUACCCCAGUCACUUUGGCACAUUUGAAAACUUCACCCAAGGAGACCACUAUAGGAUGCAGUUAAAGAUCUAGCACUGUUAAUAAAAUGCCCAGUGAAAGUGGCACUCUCAUAAACAAUCCCUCUUCCCUGCACAGCACUAGGAUAUGUAUAACGUAUGUGCAGGCAGAGUUUCUAUCAGCAAGACUUGUAGUACAACUUGAAGCUGCAGAGCACUAGUCCUGUGAUUGGAGUUGCUAUGGUGAGCAGAAUUCUGUUUACACUUCCUCCUCCAGCUGACCCAGAGCAAGGCUGGGCAGCCAGCAGAGGAGCAGCAACCAAAGGAGGAAAAACCAGGAGACUGUGUGCAGUGGGGUGAGGGUGCCAUGGGUCCCUUGCAAUUGCAGCAGUUGGUGGUGGUUGGGCUUCUCAAGGAGCCUGUGUUCCACAUGGCAAAGUGUACAGCAGAGGCUCUGAGGCUGAAUUUUCCGAACAAGAUUGCAGAACCUGUAGUGCUUCCUCUGUUAGAAUUUGCAUGGCAUGAAUAUUUACAGGAGAAAAAAAAGGAACUGAAAGGUGAAACCUGGGAGUAUCCCUCCAGCGUGAUGUGUUUUAUUGAUGGCCAAUUGCUGGGAAGUGAACAAGAACUGCUCACGUGGGCUUAUGACAAGUGGAACUACCAAGAUUUUAAACCUGUGGCACUUUACCAAGCUAUUACUGAGGAUUUUUGCACCAAACAUAUGCAAAACAGCAAGCAUAUGUUUGUGUACUUGGACAUAGCUAUUCAGGAGCAGCCCACAGGCACGUUGUUAUUUGAGCUCUAUUCUGAUAUGUGCCCCAAAACCUGUGCGAAUUUUCGUUCUUUGUGUACAGGAGAAGCAGGGACCUCUCGCAGUGGUAUGGAGCUUACUUAUAAAGAAUCAGUUUUUCAUCGAUUAGUAAAAAAUGGCUGGAUACAAGGAGGAGACAUAGCAGCUGGAAGAGGAGACGGUGGUGAGUCAAUUUAUGGACCCACUUUUGAAGAUGAAAACUCCAUUCCUCACAACAAAAGAGGGAUUCUUGGGAUGGCCAACAAGGGACGUCACAGCAAUGGUUCACAGUUUUACAUCACACUACAGCCAGCUCCCUAUAUGGAUAAAAAUAUGUGGCUUUGGCUGAUUGAAGGAACAGAAGUUCUUCAGAAACUAGAAGAUGUUUCUACGUACAAUGAAAGGCCUGUAGUAGAAUGUAAAAUUAUUAACUGCGGUGUUUUUGUGCCUUGAUUACAGCCAAUUUCCAUUCCUACUGUAAUGUGUAAAAAUGCAUGUUUCUGACCAGCCUUUUAUAGAUUUUGUAGGCUUUUUAAAUCUAAAAUAGCAUUUUUAUACAUCUAAACUUUAGCUUGAUAUUUUUUCUAGUCUAACCAUGUUCAUGGCUUGUUCACAUACAUUCUUACAUGAAUAUACUAAUGGGCUUGGGAAUUUAACUUCAUGCCAUUAUAUAGCUAUACAAAUUAUUGUAUAAAUAUGGAUGUCCAACGAGAGAUUACAUUACUGUAGGCUGCACUAUAAAUAAUCCUAUUAAGUAGAA